CGUGUGUUUAGGAUUUAUUUGUUUCCUUUUUUAUGAAUUAUUAGUAUUACAACGUUUUCUACUUUGUUUACUGAAAACUGUCUUUUAAGGAUUUAUAAACUACAUUUUUCUCUUUUUCAUUUUUUAAGUUUGUAACUUUCUUGUUUUAGUAAACAAUGAUUAAUUAACAAGAAACUUAGUUCUUUUCAAUACAACAGACCCACUUUCAUUAAUAUUUUUUGCAUAUUAGACACCAGAGGGAAUUGAAAGGAGAUCUUUUUCUCAAAAUCAAGUUCAUGGACUUGUGCUUUCCAAAGUAGGACUCCCUUUUAAUGACACCCGUGACUCCCCCCAUAGCUUCAUUUGCAUGCAAAUGCACGAGCGUGCUGCAGCGGUAUCAUCUUGUCGGGGAGCAUUUGUGUGCAAGCAGCCGUGCAUAAACAGCUCCACUAAUGUGGAAGCAGAGGCCAGACGUCAUGGAUCAAGAGGGAACACACAGAGACGAUGUCAGGAGAAGCCCAGAGGUUCAGGCGGGGGGACGCGCGGACACACAAGCAAAGGUCUGUUUGAAGGACGGACACUGACGCCUCAUCGUACAUCAUUAACGAAGAUGUCGUGGUGUUCGUCUUUCCGUGGCUCAAAGUUUCGUCACGUUUUCGGGAAGCCGGCCACCAGGGAGCACAGCUACGACGGCGUGCCAAUCACACACAGCGUCCACGACAACCACUACUGCUCAGCCAAUCCGUGCUUCAUCGCCGUGGUGACGGAGUGCACGGCAGGAGGGGGUUUUCUAGUCCUGCCGAUCCAUCACACGGGCAGGGUGGUUCCUCAGCACCCCAGGGUGUGUGGCCACAGAGGACGAGUUCUGGAUGUCAAAUGGAACCCGUUUGAUGAUUACAGCAUCGCCUCAUGCUCAGAGGACUGCACUGUGAAGAUCUGGGACAUUCCAGCUUUUGGUCUUCAGCAGAACCUCACCAAAGCCAGGAAGACCCUGGUGGGUCACUCCAGGAGGGUGGCCAUCAUCGAAUGGCACCCAACCGCCCAGAAUCUGCUGCUUAGCUCCGCCUACGACUAUAAGGUUCUUCUCUGGGAUAUCUCUCAGGCUGGAGCAGUCAUUCUGCAUCCGGAGGAUUUAUCCGAGCCUUUAUACGAGGAAGAUCUGGACGGAUCCGCUGGAGUUCUUUUCCCUUUCUACGACCCAGACACUCACAUGCUCUACCUGGCUGGAAAGGGAGACGGGAACAUCCGGUUCUACGAGCUGAGCGCCGAGAAACCCUUCAUCAGCUUCCUGAACGAGUACCGGUCCGUGCUGCCGCAGAAAGGCCUCGGAGUGAUGCCCAAACGCGGCCUGGACGUGAUGGGGUGUGAGGUCUUCCGGUUCUACCGACUGAUUGCAGUCAAAGACCUGGUGGAGCCACUGUCCAUGAUAGUGCCACGAAAAAAGACGGAGGUUUUCCAGGAGGAUCUGUACCCGCUGACGGCCGGAAACCAGGCGGCUGUGACGGCGCGGGAGUGGCUCCUGGGGAUCAACAGAGAUCCCGUGUUGAUAUCCCUUAAUCCUGAGAUCAAACCAGAAAACCCGUACGCAGAUGUCUCCAACGAGCGUCUGAGCUCCAUCGGGUUCGUGUUGGCUCCGCCUCCUGAUGUUGUGACAGAAGACCAGGACUUCAUUGAUCUGGCCUUCCUGGAGGAGCAGCUGGCCUAUCAGGACGCCAAAUACCCAGAAGACGUGGGUGACCUGUCAGAGUGGCAGCCUGACGAGACCCAGCUUCCUCUGUGGACGUACUGCUGCGAGCCCGUGGAGACCCCCCCACCGCCGAGCGACCACGAGGUCUGGCGGCGUUCAAUAGAACACGAAUGUGUGAGGAGAAAACUCUUGACGCUGCAUCUGUCUCAGCUCCUGCAGGCAUUCUACAGGCAGCAGGACCAGAUCAGAGACCUGAGGAUGGAGCUGACCCAGAAGGAGGUCACUGCCCCACCAGGACCAGAGGUCCACCAGCAGGUGAUCCGGUUUCACCUGAACCAAACUCAUGCAGGUGUUUUCCAUCUGCAGGUGAGAAUUCUUCAACUGGAACUGGAGAUAAAGAACUACAGGAACCACAUGAGAGCCAACUUUUGAUUCACCCGCUGCUCUUUCCUGGAGUCCAGAAGAAAACGAUGCUGCUCAGUAUCUGUAUCUUCAGUAGCAAUAAACGGCAGAACUAUGA